AUGGAGUUAGCUCACAGUCUGCUACUCAAUGAAGAAGCUUUAAAAAGAAUUCCAGACACCAAAAGACCUGUGUUUGUCUUUGAAUGGCUGAGGUUUUUGGAUAAAGUUUUAGGUGCUGCCCAGAAGUCUGAUAUUAAAGGUGGACAGAAGAAAUUAGUAGAACAAUUAACAGGACAGAUUAGUGAAUCACCAGGUCCACCAACACGUAAACUCCUAGCACGAUGUCUAGCUACAUUAUUUAGUGUAGGAGAUACAUUUGAUUUGUUUGAAACUAUUAAUAAAUGCAAUGAUAUUAUAAGAAAUAAAGAUGAUUCUCCAAGCUACUUACCAACACGACUUGCUGCUGUUGCUUGUUUGGGUGCUAUGUACGAGAAAUUGGGACGUAUGGUGGGUAGAUCAUAUGAAGAAACAGUGCAAGUACUCAUCAAAUCACUUAAAAAUUCUGAGUCACAAGGAAGAACUGAAGUAAUGUUGACCCUAGAAAAGGUAGUAGGAGGACUGGGGUCAGCUGGUAAUUCCUGUCACAAAGACAUCUACAAAGCUGCUAGACAAGCUAUGACAGAUAGAGCUAUGGCUGUGAGAUUUGCAGCUGCUAAGUGUAUGUAUCAAUUAGUAAAUGAAGCACCAUUUAUGUCAACAAGUGAAUUAGACAAUGUAUCAUCAUUAUGUUUCCGGGCUUUAGAUGGUUCUAAUUAUGAUGUCAGGUGUGCUGUAGCUAAAUUAUUAGGAAAUUUGAUGGCUGUAGCACAAACUGCUAAACCCAUUUCUAAUAAAACCAAACCUGUAAAAAUAGAUGAUGUUCUCAAUAUAUUGGCAUCUGGUUUUCUAAAAGGAGGUAUCGGUUUUAUGAAGAGUUCCGCAGCAGGGGAAUUAAUUAAAGGCAGUUCCAGUAUAAAUCGAGAGAUACGAGUUGGUGUUACUCAUGCAUAUGUGGAGUUUAUAAAAUGUAUGGGAGGAUUAUGGUUAGAGAGAAAUAUGACUGUAUUUUUAAAUCAUAUAUUUGAUCUGGUAGCUAAUCCUAGAGCUACACCAACACAUGUAGAUGCUGUGUAUGCUAGAAAAUGUGUGUUAUUUAUACUGAGAUCUAUAAUUGGUGGAAUGUUAGGUGAAAAGGCUCAGAUUGCUGCUGCUAAAGAAAUUUGUCAGACCAUUGUUAAACAGAUGAAUACUGUUGGUGAGGCAACAGUAGAUGUAGCAGAAGGCAAGUCUGGUGGUGAUUUAACAGCUAGUCAACAUGUACUAGUUUGUGCUUUACAUGAAUUAGGUUGUUUAGUACUUAGGUUGUGUAGCUCAGCAUCUCCAUUAGUUGCUGAACCUGCUACAGGUAUCAUUGAACCGGUUGUGUCUGUAUUAAUCCAUCCAAGUCAUGCUGCCCGUCUGGCUGCAUCCUGGUGUCUUGGGAGUAUUGCUGUGGCUCUACCAUCACAGUUAUCCCCUUUGUUGGAUAGAUGUAUGGAAAGGAUGGAGAAGCUGAAAUCAUCACCUGAAGCUGUAUCUGGUUAUAGCAGUGCUUUAGCUGCUUUACUAGGUGGUGUUUAUCAGUGUCCACUAGGUAUACCUCAUGCUAAAGGGAAGCAAAUAUUUGCCAUAGCUGAAGAGUUAUUACGAACAGCAUCCCAGAAUAGUCGACUAUCAUUACAGAGAACACAGUCUGGCUGGUUGUUACUGGGUGCACUAAUGACAUUGGGAACACCAGUCAUUAGAAAUCAUUUACCAAGAAUGUUAUUAUUAUGGCGUAAUGCUUUCCCUAGAUCAACUAAAGAACUAGAAGCAGAAAAAGUUAGAGGUGAUGCUUUUACAUGGCAGGUUACUUUAGAAGGUCGUGCUGGAGCAUUAGGAGCAAUGCAAAGUUUUCUACUCCAUUGCCGUGAACUGGUUACAGAAGAUGUCAUUAGACGUUUAUUAGCUCCCUUAGAUUGUGCUUUAUUAAUGUUAUCACAGUUACCCAGUGUUAUAAAGUUAUAUGGUAGUCAUCUUAAAGCUAGUACUGCUAUGGUUAGAUUACGAUUAUAUGAUGUAUUGUCAUUAUUACCACCAGAAUCUUUUGAUGCUAUGUAUCCAAGUUUACUGAGAGAACUGGUGGGAGAAUUCACCUUAACGGAUAAUCCAGCUAACACCACCACGUCCAUGUUACGUUCUAUGUGUCAUGUAGAUGAUAGUGUUAUAUUAGGGUCCUGGUUACAAGAAACAGACCAUAAAGCUAUAGAAGAUCAGUUACAACCCAAUAGUGCAUCAGGUUCUGGAGCAUUAGAGCAUGAUGCUCAAUCUUUAUAUGCCAGAUGUCCAGCUGGUGAACCUAUCCCAGGACCACUACCACUAGGUGUAGCUGUGAUAGAUAGCUCCGUCAAGUUAUAUGGUAUGAUAUUUCCUCGUGUAGCACAUAAACAUCGUCUACAAAUGUUACAACAUUUUAAUGAAUGUAUCAAACAAGCCAAGUCUGUACGACAACAAGCUGUACAGAUGAAUAUAUUCUCAGCUGUAUUGUGUGCUUUAAAGAGUUUAUCAGAAAAUAAGCUAAAUUUAGGACCUGAUGAUGUGAAAAAAGCUGCUUUCUCUCUAAUUAUGGGAGCUCUAGGUAACUCUAAUCCUAUAUUAAGAUGUGCAUCUGGUGAAGCCUUAGGUCGAAUGGCACAAGUUGUAGGAGAUAGUAAAUUUAUUGCUGAAAUGGCACAGUACAGUUUUGAUAAAUUAAAAUCAGCUAGAGAUGUAGUGAGUCGUACAGGUCAUUCACUAGCUUUAGGUUGUUUACAUCGAUAUGUUGGUGGGAUGGGAUCCGGUCAACAUCUCAAUACUAGUGUUAGUAUAUUACUAGCUUUAGCUAAAGACUUUAAUUCACCAGUUGUACAGGUAUGGGCAUUACAUGCUUUAGCUUUGAUAGCUGAUUCUGGUGGUCCAAUGUUUAGAAGUUAUGUAGAACCAACACUAGCAUUAGUUUUACAGUUGUUAUUGACAGUACCUCCUUCUACAGUAGAUGUACAUCAAUGUCUUGGAAAAUGUCUGUCAGCUUUAAUAACAUCUAUAGGCCCAGAACUACAAGGUAACACAGCAUCAUUAGCCACUGCCAGAUUAUAUUGUAUGGUAUGUUGUGCUAUUAUGUAUGAUCAUCCUGAUUCGUUAGUUCAAGCUGAAGCUAUAUCCUGUUUACAACAAUUACACAUGUUUGCACCACGUCAUGUUAAUUUAACAUCAUUAGUUCCUCAACUCUGUGAUACACUAAUGAGCUCUCAUCUAUUACUGCGUCGAGCAGCAGUAGCUUGUUUACGUCAACUGGUGACAAGAGAAGCUAAAGAGAUCAGUGAACAAGCUGUAUCAUUAGCAGGAGAAGGUAUCCAUGGUAAAAAAUGUGAAUAUAUAAGUGAUACUGGUUUAGAGGGAACAUUAUUUGGAAUGUUAGAUACAGAAAUAGAUGAAAAGUUAAUAUCAGAUGUUAAAGAUACUAUAGUUAGUUUAUUACAGUCUCUAGCUAUCACUAAUUUAUCACGAUGGAUUAAAUUACUGAAAGAUGUUCUCUCAGCUUCUACUGAUGCAACAAGCACAAGUAUGAUACAGAGUAAUGAUGAUAAAGGUGAUGAAGAUGAAGAAGAUGAUGCUACAUUUACUACAAGUACACCAGAUGUCACACAUCCUACUGUAGCUCCAAGAUGGCCGACUAGAGUAUUUGCUGUAGAAUGUCUCAUGAAGAUUAUAGCAGCUUGUGAAGAAGAUGAUAGUCAGUUUGAUCUGUCUAAAGCUAAAGAAAUAUUGGAAAAGACUGGCAAUGGCAACUAUUUGGCUCUACAUUUACCUGAUCUGAUAAGAAUGGCAUUUAUAGCUGCUACCUCUGAUAGUAAUGAAUUGAGAUUAGCUGGAUUGUCAGCACUUGAGAAAGUAAUAACAAGAUUUGCCACAGUACCAGAACCAGAAUUUCCAGGUCAUGUGAUAUUAGAACAAUAUCAGGCUCAAGUUGGUGCUGCCUUAAGACCAGCUUUCUCUCCAGAAACACCUUCUGAUGUUACAGCUGCUGCUUGUGAGGUUUGUAGUACAUGGAUAGGUAGUGGUGUAGCACGAGAUUUAAAUGAUCUUCGUAGAGUUCAUCAACUACUAGUAUCAUCUCUAGCUAAAUUAAACACUGGUAAAUCACAUACACAGAUAUAUAAUGAGAGUGCUUCUACCAUGGAAAAAUUAGCUGUUAUUAGAGCAUGGGCUGAGGUAUAUAUAGUAGCUGUUAAUAGAGAAAAAGAAAAACAUCAAAAAACACAGCAGAAAUUUGAUGAAGAUGAUGAAGAAUUUUCAGAAUACUCAACAGAAAGCUUAUUAAGUCUAGUCCAGCCAGAGUUAUCUGCUCUUAGUAAUCAUUGGUUUAAUGCCCUUAAAGAUCAUGCUUUACUCUCUUUACCGUCAGAAUAUUCUAGUCAGUUACCACCAGAUGGUGGAGCAUUUUACCAUCCUGAUACAAUAGAAUCAGCUAAACAUCAUUACAGAGCUGCCUGGCCACCAAUAUUAUAUGCUCUGUCAUUAUGGUUAAAUGAGAAAGGCUUUGCUGAGUUAAGUGAUAAGAUGUUAUCAAAAGAGUCCAGUAACAAUAAUUCACAUCCAGCUAAUGCUCCAGCUAAUAUGAACCCUGAAGAAUUACAUCAAGAGAAACUCUUCCUCAUCUUAGGUAUCUGUAUGGAAUCUCUGUGUAGUCCUACAUCAAUGUUAUCUGAUACUACUGUUCAACAGUGUUUACAAGGUCUCUGUGCUCUACUAGAUACCAAAUGGCCAAGAACACAAUUAGCAGAAGAUCCUGUUUUAUGUCGGGAACUGUUAAAUGUUAUGCACAGGGUAAUAUUAACAAGAGAUGGAGUAGAAAUACAUAGUUUAGCUUUAAAUGUUGUUAAACAAGUUGUUUUAGCUGCUGAAGAAAAUUUAGAGACAGAAAGAUUACAACAGAAAGGAGAAGGUGAAACUACAGGUGAUAUUGUACCUGAUAAAUCAGUUGUAUUCGCUACUCUAGAAGUAUGUUUAUGUGUUAUGGUUAGACAAGUACCAGCUCUCAAUCCCUCAGCCCCUAGUACAGGAUUCCAGAUGCCAACUAAUUUAACCAAGUUAUCAGAGGAAAGUGUGGCAUUGAUGGGAUCAUCUAUUACUGUGAUGUGUGGCCUUCCUAAACUUUGUUCACCUGCAGGUGGUUUAUCUAUUUUACCCACAAUUCUUCACCUUACAAUAAAGGCCAUGAAGGAAAUAUGUCCAAGAUCCAGUGAACGGAAAUUCCCAGUUUUUACAACCCCAGUUUUACAAGGUCUACAAGAAUUAUGUGAUUCACCUUUUAGUGAUGUAGACUCUAUUAGUGAACAAUGGAAUAAUAUGUUACAGAGUUCUAUAGCUACUAUCUUACAUUAUGGUAACCCUAAUCUUCAAACUAUGUGUGUACAGACAUUGAUAUCUAUUUUACACUCACCAGAUAUACAAAUAUCAACACCCUACAUACAUGCCUUAUCAUCUAAGAUUAUAGAAUAUUUAUAUAGUGUUUGUAAUAAACGCCCUACAACUGACUUACAACUAACAUUAGUAUUAGAAUCUGUUAAAAUGUUAGAGACUUUAAUCUCAGUGGCUGAUGAAAAGAAAAGAGUGACAUUGGUAGCAUUAUUAGUACCAAUUCUAGUUUCAUACUUACUAGAGGAACACCAAAUCAAGAUGGCUUCUCAAGUUUCUAUAUCUCUACAUGACCAAUCUUUAUCUAAAUUGAUGAAAAUUGGUCCACAAUAUCCAGAUGAGUUCCGUACAGUGAUGACAACAUAUUCUGAUUUAAAACCCAGAUUAGAGGCUGCUGUUAGAGCUAAUCAAGCUAGAAAAAUGCAACAGAAAUCUCAACAUGCUCCAAAGAACUUAGCACAACCUGCCAAACCUACUAUCACAUUGAAAACAAACUUUGCCAAUUUUACAUAA